GACCGAUUCCUGCAAGUCUAAACCUUCUUUCUCUGUCUUGCUCCCGCACUGUUUUACUCUCUCGCUCACUAAUGGCUGAAACUGAAGCUGCUCCAAUGGCCGCCGUCGAAAUCCCGGUGGUGGCUGCGAAGCCUCCCAAGGAGAAGAAGGCCAGGGUGCCGAAGGAGAAGAAGCCCAAGGAGGCUAAACCAGCUCCUGCCCACCCUCCUUACUUCCAGAUGAUCAAGGAAGCAAUUACCGCCCUGCACGAGAAGAGCGGGUCGAGCGCCUACGCGAUCGCCAAGCACAUGGAGAUGAAGCACAAGGCCGUCCUCCCGGCCAACUACAAGAAGAAGCUCGCCAUGCAGCUGAAGAACGCGGCUGCCACGGGGAAGCUCAUCAAGGUCAAGGCAUCCUUCAAGCUCGCCGAGCUCGCCAAGAAGAAGGCGCCGGCCGCCCCGGCCAAGAAGCGAGCGGCUGUUGUUGCUUCAGCCGCGAAGCCCAAGGCUCCGCCAAAGAGGGCCUCGAGGGUGGAGAAGCACCCCCUGAAGAAGACCCCCAAGAAGAAGCCGGUGACGACGAAGCCUAAGGCUAAAUCGAUCAAGUCGGCCAAGUCUCCUGUCGCCAGGAAACCCCGCAGGGGCUAACUGAUCACCACAGAAAAGCUUAUCUUUUACCCCCCACCUUUCCCCUCCUUGUUUUCCAUUCUCUGUGUAAAUGCUCAACGUCCUUGUAAAAAUGAAACCUGACUUUUAUAUGAGUCCUAGAGAGAUGUUGUGUACAAA